GCAAAAUAUUUUUCACAAAAAACACCAGAAAAUACUUUCCACUCGACGUUGUUGUUGGCAUUCAAGUCCAUUUUCUCUCUCCUAAAAAAAGUAGAUUAUUGGGGAAAUUUUUUCAUUUUCAUCAGAGAAACAAAACAAGGUAAGAGAAAAAGAGAGAGAAUCGCUUCGAAGGCAAGCUACAAAAGCUGAACAAACCCUAGCCCCAUCCAAUUUUGCUGUUACACAAGAAGAGAGAGAAAAACUGUCAAAUUAACGCUCACAUUUUACUCUCAUUGAUUACGAUUGCUUUUCUCACUCUAGAUCUCUUUAAAUUACUCUAAUUUUUCCAGCAAUGUUCAGAUAAUUAAUCAUUAUUCCUCAGGUUUGAGUAGCUUUUGUUGUGGAAAUGGCGUCAAAGUACGGGUCAAAAACGAGGAAAUUGGCGAAUUCUGCGUCAACUUCAACUACGACGUCAUCGAAGAAGUUUCUGAAAACUUCGGCGGAUUGUCAGACUUCGCCGGCGUCGUCUUCGGUGAAGAGUAAGAAUCAUCAUCAGUACUUCUACUCAGAGAGUCCUCCUGUUGAAACUGAGAAAUUGAAGGAGAAUGUCACCGUCACAGUUCGCUUUCGUCCACUCAGUCCGAAGGAAAUUCGGCAGGGAGAGGAGAUUGCGUGGUAUGCUGACGGCGAGACAGUUGUGAGGAGUGAGCAUAAUCCGUCGAUAGCUUACGCCUAUGACAGAGUAUUUGGGCCCACGACCACUACACGCCAUGUUUAUGAUGUUGCUGCUCAGCAUGUUGUCAAUGGUGCAAUGGAGGGCAUCAAUGGCACUAUUUUUGCUUAUGGCGUGACCAGCAGUGGCAAGACUCAUACUAUGCAUGGAGAUCAGAGAUCCCCUGGAAUCAUACCUUUGGCUGUGAAGGAUGCUUUUAGUAUUAUCCAAGAGACUCCCAGCCGGGAAUUUCUUCUCCGCGUGUCAUAUAUUGAGAUAUAUAAUGAGGUUGUAAAUGAUCUGUUGAAUCCUGCCGGACAAAAUCUAAGAAUCAGAGAGGACCAUCAGGGAGUCUUUGUCGAAGGAGUAAAGGAGGAGGUGGUUCUGUCCCCGGCGCAUGCAUUGUCAUUGAUCGCUGCUGGUGAAGAACAUAGACAUGUUGGCUCCACCAAUUUCAAUCUUCUUAGCAGCAGAAGUCAUACAAUAUUUACCUUGACUAUUGAGAGCAGUCCUUGUGGUGAAAACAGUGAAGGAGAAGCUGUUAAUCUUUCCCAGUUGCAUCUCAUCGAUCUGGCAGGUUCUGAGAGCUCUAAAGCCGAGACCACUGGUGUUCGACGUAAGGAAGGAGCUUAUAUAAAUAAAAGCCUGCUGACUCUUGGAACAGUCAUAUCAAAACUAACUGAAGGCAGGUCUACACAUAUACCAUACAGGGAUUCCAAAUUGACUAGGCUUCUUCAAUCUUCAUUGAGUGGUCAUGGGCGUGUUUCGCUCAUUUGCACUGUAACUCCUGCAUCAAGUAAUACAGAGGAAACACAUAACACUUUGAAGUUUGCACAUCGUGCAAAAUGUAUUGAAAUCCAAGCUGCACAAAAUAAGAUAAUUGAUGAGAAGUCACUUAUAAAGAAGUAUCAGAGUGAGAUUCGCUUGCUAAAGGAAGAAUUGGAACAAUUGAAGAAAGGCAUUCUCAUUGUUCCUCAACUUAAAGUUGGUGGAGAAGAUAUUGUAUUAUUAAAACAGAAGCUAGAGGAUGGCCAGGUCAAGCUCCAAUCACGGCUGGAAGAAGAGGAAGAAGCUAAAGCAGCUCUCUUAUCUAGAAUACAACGGCUGACAAAAUUGAUAUUGGUGUCCACUAAAUCUUCACAGUCAUCAAGGUUUUCACACCGUCCUGGUCCAAGAAGAAGGCAUUCCUUUGGAGAAGAAGAACUUGCUUAUCUUCCACACAAGAGACGGGAUUUGAUUCUGGAUGAUGAGAACAUUGACUUGUACAUUGCGCAUGAUGGAACUGCCGAGAAUCCAGAUGACAUCUCUAAGGAGAAGAAGUCUCGAAAAAAUGGACUUUUAAACUGGCUAAAGAUUAGGAAAAAAGAUGGUAGUUUGGGUGCUGGCAGUGAUAAGUCAAGUGUGGUGAAAUCAAAUAGUACGCCUUCAACCCCACAGGCAGACAGUGUUAAUCUAAAUGCAGAAUCCCGACUUUCCCAGUCUCUGCUUACCGAAAGGACUAAUUCUGCGGAGCUUUCACCUGUAGCUAGACAUGAUAGAGAAACCCCUGAGGAUUUUUCUGGACAGGGGACACCUCUGACAAGUACAAAAUCAAUCGAUCAGAUUGAUCUUCUCAGGGAGCAGAAGAAGAUUUUGUCUGGUGAGGUUGCACUUCAUUCAAGUGCUUUGAAACGUUUGUCCGAAGAAGCAGCAAAAAAUCCUAAGGAGCAGAUCCAUAUGGAGAUGAGGAAAUUAAGAGAAGAAAUCAGAGCUAAAAAUGAACAAAUAGCGUCCCUCGAGAAGCAAAUUGCUGAUACUGUGGCUGCCAACUAUGACAAGAUGGACAAUUCUGAGAUGUCACAAACUGUUGCAGAACUUGUGAGCCAAUUGAACGAGAAGUCGUUUGAACUCGAGGUUAAGAUUGCAGAUAAUCGGAUAAUCCAAGAACAGUUGGACCAGAAGAUUGGUGAAGUUGAAACAUUACAGGGAGAGAUUAAUUCCUUGAAGCAGCAACUUUCUGAGGCCUUGGAAUCAAGAAAUGUGAACCAAACAUUCAGUAAUCCGCAGCAGCAUGGUAGAAUGCAAUCCAUAUCCGAGGGAGUUGAGAUGAAGAAGGAAAAUAGAUCUUUGGUUAAUACGAAUGAAAAAUUGCUAUUGCGUGCCCAGACCACUGAGAUUGAAGAACUGAAGCAGAAAUUGGCUGAACUAACUGAGACAAAGGACCAGCUGGAGCAACGAAAUAAGAAGUUGGCGGAGGAGAGUUCAUAUGCCAAAGGGUUGGCUUCUGCUGCAGCUGUUGAAUUAAAGGCGUUGUCGGAGGAGGUCUUCAAGUUGAUGAAUGAAAAUGAAAAGCUUUCUACGGAGAUAACAGCUUUAAAGAAUGCCCCCACUCAGCGUAGAUCAGUUGUAGCAUCAAGAAAUGGAAGGAGAGAGAGUCAGGUGAAACGCCAAGACCAAGGCCUGAGCACCUCAGAACUUAAGAAGGAGUUGGUCGUUAGCAAAGAGCGAGAGCUUGCAUAUGAAUCUGCCCUUCAAGAAAGGGAUCAAAGAGAGGCAGAACUCCAAAGAAAAGUGGAAGAAUCCAAACAACGAGAAGCAUACUUGGAGAAUGAACUUGCAAACAUGUGGGUUCUUGUGGCUAAGCUAAAGAAAUCACAAGGAGUCGAAUCUGAUAUCUCCGACUCUGCAAGCCAGAGAACGGACAAUUGGUAAUCUGACAAAUGCUAGAUUUGUAUUGGAAUGUACAAAAGUUGGGGGAGGGAGUUGUAAAUUGAAAAAAAAAAUGUGGAACUUUGGUGGUUAGUAUCAGGGUUCUCUAACAAAUUCAGAUUGAUUUUGCGAUGAGUGCUGAUGCGUGAGCUUUUUGUGUUAUUGAUACCCUGAUUCUGAUGUAAUUAAUGCCAAUCAAGUUCCUUUUUGGCUAAUUUUCCCAUUCGUUGA